CUCUAAGAAUCAUCAUCAUUAUCAAACAAUAUAAUAAAAGCAACCCAACCCCAUGUUCUAGAUUUGUAAUCUUUUUGGCAAUCCAAAUCUUUUUUUUUUAAAUAUAUUCCACUUUCUAUAUUUUCAUUGGCCUUUCCUAUUACAUUUGGUCAGAUUUUGCUUUAUUGGUUGUUCAUUUUGUUGAGUUUUAUUACUAUUUCUUCCAAAAACUCAACAAGAACAAACACACACACAAAAAAAAAAAAAAAACUUAAAACAUUUUGUUGAAGUUUUGAGAAUAUGGGAAUGGCAGCUGCUGAUUUACAGUUUCAUGUUUUAGCUGUUGAUGAUAGUUUAAUAGAUAGAAAGCUUAUUGAAAGGCUUUUUAGAAUUUCUUCAUGUCAAGUUACUACUGUGGAUUCUGGAAGUAAAGCUUUGGAAUUUCUUGGUUUACAAGAAGAACAUGAUGACCAAAAUCACCCAAAUCAGCCUUGUGUUUCUCCUAGCAAUCAACAGGAAGUGGAAGUUAAUUUAAUCAUCACAGAUUAUUGUAUGCCAGGGAUGACAGGCUAUGAUUUGCUAAAGAAAAUUAAGGAAUCUUCAUCUCUGAGAAAUAUACCUGUAGUCAUAAUGUCAUCAGAAAAUGUUCCUUCAAGAAUCACUAGAUGUUUAGAAGACGGAGCAGAAGAAUUUUUCUUGAAGCCAGUGAGAUUAUCAGAUGUUAACAAACUCAAACCCCAUAUGAUGAAAACCAAAUGUAAAAACAACAAACAACAACAACAACCUGAGAUAAUUGUCACACAAGAAAAACAAGAAUCAAUAGACAUUGCACAUGUUGUUCCACCAGAAGGGUCAGAAUCAGACAACACAUUAGAACAACAACAAGAACAACAAUCACAAACCAAUAGUAACAACAACAACAACAAGAGAAAGUCCAUAGAAGAAAAUCUAUCACCAGAUAGAACAAGACCAAGAUUCAGUAGCCUCACAGCAGUCUAAAGUCUGUUGCAAAUGCGUUAAAACUUUUUUGGAAAUUACUUCAGAUGAAUCCUAAUGAAGAAUAUGUAGAAGAGGGGUGUGUGUGUGUGUGGGGGGGGGGGGGGAUAGAAAAUCAUCCAUCUUUAUAAGAUGAUGUGACCUUCAUGACGGAGAGCGGUCAAAGAGAAGGACCGAUAAAGUUCUAGGUUGACAAGCUUCCGAAGAAGAAGGGAUGUAUAUGACACCUUUACAUGGUGUGCGCGUUCUUAGGCAAGAUGAUAUAUUGGACCAAAGCAGAUAAUACGUGCCAUAAGCUUGGACUGUAACAUUCAGUUUUGUUUUGCUAAUGUAAGAGGGGAACAAUAUUGUCAAUGUAGAUAGAAAUGUGAUGAAAUUUACUUCUUAAUAAAUAGACAAGCAUUUAAC